CCCUUCGAAGCAUGGGCCGUGUACGAUUGACCUACCCACCCUAAGUCCCAGUUUUCAUCCCAUCCAUCAUUCGCCGUCUCCUCUAAUCCCCGGUUCAACUAAGCGUAGUAGAGAGCUAAUCCGGCACCGGCCUUUCGCUGCGAUCGAUUGGCAUACUACUGUACGUGAAGUGUAAAGGCAAGGGCAGAAAAGAUGUCAGGUAAUGAUGAUCAACUUGCAUUACUACUAUUUUGGGGAGGCGAUACGAUACACCGUGGAGAUCUCGGGUCAAUAGAUUAUUCAGCGCCUCCCAAAAGACUGUGUUUCUUACGCCGCACUAUUGGGCACGAUGAGCUUGUGGCUAAAGUGCAUGCUGAAAUGAACACCAAUGAAGAGAAGACUUGUCUUGCUUUGUUCGGAAGGUACCCUAUGAUGAUUCCUGGGGAUAAAGUUGUGUUUGUGUCUGUUCCACUCACUGACAAUCAAUCAUGGGAAUGGUUUUUGGAAGCAGCAUUUCUUUGCCAGCCAGUGCAUGUCUUCAUUAAUGCUUUCCCUCCUGCUGCUGCUGGUUCAUGUUUCGGUCAAGGAGAGUUGGUUCUCAGGAACAACAUUGGUCAGACAAAUAGGGAGGAGGAGAUGAAAAAUGAUGUCACAGUUUUGGAUUUGGUUUCACGGGCAUAUGAGAAAGCUGUAAUGGUGCAUAGUUUCUGCGAAAUCUUAGCAGACAUUUGUCAUAAACUAAAUUACAUCAUCAUGCCUCCUAUUCUGUGUUCUUCGGGUGAUGAGACAUUUAUUUUUAGUAAAUUACUUAUUAAUCGCUGCCUGGAGGAAUUCGAGAGGAGAGGUGUGGAUAGAUGCAAAAAUGCUAGUCGAGAUUAUGCAUCUCGAAAUCAAAACUGGACGCUUAGGAGGAGAAAGCUCGGGAAUAUUAGACUAAUUGGGGAAUUACACAAGAAAAAGCUGAUAAACGAAAGUACUAUCCAUAGAUAGGGAUGGACCCGGGCCGGGCCGGUUCCGGUUCCGGGCCGGGCCCGGGCGGGCUUUUUUUGGGGAUUGUUG